AUGUUUUCCCUCCUCCGUCCACUGACAUCCGUCUCCGUCUCCGUCCGACUCUUCUCGACCUCGUCGCGCGUGCUCGGCCGCGCCGUCGUCUAUGCGCAGAACGGCGACCCCGCAAAGGUCCUCAGCGUGCUCACCUACCCACCGCUCCCGACGCCACCCCCAAACUCGGUGAACAUCAAGUUCCUGCUCUCACCCAUCAACCCGGCGGACGUGAACGUCAUUGAGGGCGUCUAUCCCACCAAACCGACCAAGACUGACGCUCUGACGGCAUAUGGCAAAGGGGGCGAGGAGCAGCCGGUGUUCGUGGGCGGGAACGAGGGCGUAGCGCGUGUAAGUGCGGUUGGGGAGGGUGUGAAGGACCUCAAGGAGGGCGAUUGGGUCGUUAUGAUCAAGCAGCAGGCGGGGACGUGGGCUACGGAUAGAAAUGUUUCUGUGGUUGACGUGGCGAAGGUCCCAGACGCGCAUUUGUUGAAUGAGGCGCAGGCUGCGACUAUCACGGUCAACCCCCCUACCGCAUAUAAUAUGCUCAAUGAUUUUAUCGGCCUCAAGCCAGGCGACUGGGUUAUUCAGAAUGGGGCGAACAGUGCUGUUGGACAAGCCGUGAUCCAAAUUGCUGCUGCUCAAGGGCUCAAAACUAUUAAUCUCAUUCGCGACAGACCCAACCUCGAGGAGCUCAAGAAGAAGCUCGAGAGCCUGGGUGCUACCCAGGUGCUCACAUACGACCAACUCGCAGACAAAUCUGUGAGAGAAAAAGUCAAGGAAUGGACUGGUGGAAAGCCUAUUCGAUUAGGUCUGAACUGCGUCGGAGGACCCGAGACGACGGCCAUGGCGCGACUGCUAGGGAACGGUGCCCAUCUCGUUUCGUAUGGUGGCAUGGCGAAGCAGCCGCUCGCGAUUCCUACUUCGCUCUUUAUCUUCAAGAACCUGACAUGCCACGGCUUCUGGCAGAGCCGGUGGUACUCGCAGAAGCCUCUUGAGGAACGAGAGAAAUUGAUGCAGGCUCUGGUCGACCUGAUGAAGGAGAACAAGCUUGACUCGCCGGCCCAUGAGAUCGUGGAAGUCUCUGCUCAGGACCCGGAUGAAGUGGCGACGAAGAAAGUGCAAGGGUUGUUCCAAGCUAUUUCGGAGGGGAGGUAUGGCAAGAAAGUACUCCUGAAAAUCAACGAGUAG